AUGGCCUCGAACAUCAAAGUGUUUAUUCGAGUUCGCCCUGGGCGACCAGCUCCAGGCUUCAAGGUUGACGAGGAGAGGCGGACGCUGGUCUUUGAACACGAGAAAACAUCGCCCGAUUAUGACGUGAACAAUCAGAAGGCGGCACACUCCUUCCAGUUCGAUGGAGUUCUUGGUAUGCAGAUCAAGCAGCAGGAGGUCCUGGACGUCAUUGCAAAGCCAGUCAUUGAGGAUGUACUUCAAGGUGUCAACGGCACAAUAUUCGCCUAUGGCCAAACAGGCAGCGGCAAAACCUUCACCAUCACUGGCGGCGCUUCAAACUAUGAAGAUCGUGGUUUGAUUCCGCGUACGAUCCGGCUCAUGUUCGAGGCCUUUCGAAAAGGGCCGGCACAAUAUCGCAUGUACAUAUCUUAUCUGGAGAUCUACCAGGACAGCGGGUAUGAUCUCCUACGCGAUGAUAGUGUCCGACGCCUGGAAGAUUUGCCAAAGGUCGUGUUGCGCGAGGAUGAGGACGGCAAUAUGCAUCUGCGCAAUCUUUCGGUGAACCUGGCGGCUUCGGAAGAGGAUGCGCUCAACCUGCUGUUUCUCGGCGACACCAACCGCGUUGUUGCUGAGACGCCCAUGAACGAUGCAAGUACGCGCUCGCACUGCUUGUUCAUCAUCUGGGUCGACUCCACACAGUCCGGGAGUGACGUUGUACGACGGUCAAAGCUACACUUGGUUGACUUGGCUGGCAGUGAACGUGUCUCACAGACUGGGGUUGACGGAAAGCUCCUGCAGGAGGCGAAGGCUAUCAACCUUUCGCUUCACUACUUGGAGAGGGUCAUCGUUGCCUUGCACUCACGUUCGAAGGGUGUGCAGGCACACGUGCCCUACCGCGACUCCAUGAUGACCAGCGUCCUUCGCGAUUCCCUGGGGGGCAAUUGUCGCACAACAAUGGUGGGUUGCAUUGCUGCAGAGGCAUCCAACAUUCCUGAGUCCAUAUCCACUUGCCGCUUUGCGCAGCGAGUUGCUCAGAUCACAAACAAUGCUCGGGUAAAUGAGGAGCUUGAUCCGAAUCUACUCAUCUCCAGACUGAAGAAAGAAGUGGCAGAGCUUAAAGAAGAGGUGAAAGUGGCUCGUUCAAGCAAGGAUGGCCAAGAAGCCGAGGCGCUAAAUUCAGAUGCAAUCGAGCAGUGCAGGGCUCUUGUCCAGCAAUACAUAUCCAAGGGCGCGAAGUCUGACGAGCCGUUCAUGUGCGGCUCAAUUGAAAGGCUGCGUGCGUCCUUUCGAAUUCUGCGGGAUAUGUGCCUGGACGGGGAAGGUCAGCACGGACAAGAAACGGAAGCAGAUGCAGGACAUUUUGCUGCGUUGGAGUCCGAGAUCAAGAAGCUGAAGUUGGAGGUUGCUCAGCGCGAUCAGGAAAUCGCAGUCAUGGUGAAGAUGCUCACGAAACAGCGGGGCGACUCGCGUCCGUUUAUAGCUGCUUCACAUCAAGCAUCCGGAGCUGCUCCUCUGCAGCAUGAGCCUGCUGGAGGAUGUCCUGAAGUCAGGGAGCUCACGGCUGACAACCCUGGUACUGCCACUGCGCCUGCCGCAGAGCCCGCAAAGCACGCAGCUCCACAGGUAGACAAGCGCAGAGCACCGCAGCCAACAAUGCCACCCGCCAACGAAGCAGCUGAGCUUCUCCUGGACAAGCAGAAGGCGCUGGAGGUUUUCUGGCAGAAGGUGUACCGACCUCCAGAGGCAUUCCAAGAGAACAAGGUCCUACUCAAACAAAGAAUUGAGAAAGCGCAAAGCUUGGGCAAGGAGGCAGUCCAGCUCAAGACAGAAAUCGACUCUGUCAAGAGCAGGCUGCUGCGACUGCGUGCAGAACGCGCCAUGACAGCUGCUGGUUACGACGAUGCGCCUGUUGAAGAUGGUCCGGAGGAACUGGCUGAGGUGUCAGAAAUUGAGCGCCUGAAAAGCCAGUAUCGUGAGAAGACUGGAGAGCUGCGACAUGUCAAGAGCGACGUGGAAGGCAUCCAGCGUCUCCUCGAACAAAACCAGGCAAGGGUCCGCCGAGAGUUUGAAACUUGGUUCUCGGGCCUCAGAAGUCGAGCAAACCUCUCCAAAAUGGACGAGGAAAAGAAAAAGGAGCUCUUUGACAAGGUGUCGGGCAACAGCGGUUCCACAACACCGACAAAGGAAGCUAACGACAAGGUUUCACCAUCUUCCACGUCAGCAUCAAAGGUCGUGCUGACGACGACGCCCUCAGGGACGCCUGCAAAUGCACCGCGCGCGGCAGAAGACCUGGCAGCCUUCUACGCCGCGCUUGGGGAGCUUUCGCGAAGAUGA